GUGGGAAAAACUCAGGAUCAGCCCUUAACAGGACUCCCUUCUUUCCCUCCUACUUUUUCUUCUCUCCCUUCUCUUUCCACCCAGAAGCAAAGUCAGGCACUGGAGGAAAGCAGGGUUGAGUUGGGGGUGGAGGGAGGAAGAGGGAAAGAGAGAGAGAGAAAAACAAAAGGGGGAGAAAAUGGGAAGAGGAAAGCAAGAAGGGAAGUGAGUAGGAAGAGCUCAGUAGAGAGGAAAGAAAAAGGGGAAGAAAGAUUCUGGGAGAUCUUGCCCUACGUUCACAUUGCACCACGCAAGGGCAAGAUUAAGGAGGGUACAUCUGAGAACCUGGGAGCCUCUGGCUGUUCCCCCGAGUGGCGAAGGGGCCUGAGCUACUGUUGCCGCAGCUACUGUCCCAGAGUGCACGUGGGUGGCUGCUCCAGCAGCGGCAGCAACGGAGGCUGCACAAGCUGGACUGGCAGUGGGACGUGGUCUUGGGUGGGCACCUCUCUCCCUUCGGAAAGAGAAGACACGACAAGGCAGGGCUCCGUUGCCUCGGCUGUCUGUAGGGAGCAAGGCAAGUCAGAGAAGGACUAGGUAGAGUGGGAGUAGGGUAGGCGUGCGUGUGUGUGUGUGAGAGAGAGGUCGGCUCUUGUCCCCUUUGCUGACCGGACCUCAUGUUUCUGCUCCGGGAUUACGGAACUCUUUGGAAGAAGACAGCGGGGACGGGAUCCCCUCUUUUCAGCUGAUCCGUGCACCCCCAUCCUCCCCGCAGCCUCCAAAUCUAGGACCCAGGCGUCUAAGGGGAUGAGGAGGUACACUGUGCUGAUCCCCGUCCUCCUAACCUGCUGGUGCCUGCUGCCGGUGUCUAUAAAUGGUAUUCAUCCAGAAUGCAGAUUGUACAUGGAAAUCCACGAAGAGGAAACCAAAUGUAUGGCCUUCCUAAGUACCCAAACAGAACACAAAGCAUGUAGUGGAGUCUGGGACAACAUUACAUGCUGGCAUCCUGCUGACAUUGGAGAGACCGUCACAGUUCCAUGUCCAAAAAUAUUCACGAGUUUAAACAACAAAGCAGGAAAUAUCAGCAAAAACUGUACUAGUAAGGGAUGGUCAGAGAUCUUUCCAAAUUUCUUAAGUGCCUGUGGCUAUGGUGACUCUGAAGAUGAUAAUAAGAUGACUUUUUUUAUCCUGGUGAAAGCAAUUUAUACCCUGGGAUACAGUGUCUCUCUCAUUGCUUUGACAACUGGAAGUAUAAUUCUUUGUCUAUUCAGGAAACUGCACUGUACAAGGAAUUACAUCCAUUUGAACCUUUUCCUCUCGUUCAUCUUGAGAGCUAUCUCUGUUCUAGUCAAGGAUGACAUUCUUUAUUCUAACUCUAGCACCCUCCACUGUCUGGACCAGGCAUCUUCAUUGGUUGGCUGCAAGUUGAUCUUGGUGUUUUUCCAGUACUGUAUCAUGGCAAAUUUUUAUUGGCUCCUGGUAGAAGGGCUUUACCUUCACACUCUCCUUAUGGUUAUAUUUUCCUCAAACCGAUAUUUCUUGAUGUAUCUUCUGAUUGGAUGGGGAAUCCCUACAAUCUUUAUUGUUGUGUGGACUUUGGCAAGAAUCUUCUUAGAAGACAAUGGUUGCUGGGAUACAAAUGAACACAAUGUUCCCUGGUGGGUGAUACGAACUCCAAUUUUAAUUUCUAUCUUCGUGAAUUUUAUCCUUUUCAUUAGUAUUAUAAGAAUUUUACUGCAGAAGUUGAGAUCUCCAGAUGUCGGAGGCAAUGAUCAGUCACAGUACAAGAGACUCACCAAGUCAACGCUGCUGCUCAUCCCUUUAUUUGGAGUUCACUAUAUGAUUUUUGCUGUGUUUCCUAUCGGCGUUUCCAACACAUAUCAAAUACUGUUUGAAUUAUGUAUUGGAUCAUUCCAGGGCCUGGUUGUUGCAAUUCUCUACUGUUUUUUGAACAGUGAAGUGCAAAGUGAGUUAAAGAGAAAAUGGCGAAGCUUGUGCUUGAACCAGUCCAUGAACCGGGAUUACAGGCUUCAUAGCUCCUCGAUCUCUCGCAAUGGCUCUGAAAGCAUCUUACAUUUUCAUCGGAACUCCCGAGCUCACUCCUUCCUGCAGACCGAAACCACAGUGAUAUGAGCAGCAACAUCCAGCUACCCAAGCCUAUAUCCCCUGUGGCCAAAUGUGGUAUAUUUCUCAGCUAUGCUGGGUUGCUUCUGCUUCCCCUCCCCAUCUCUGUGUCUGAAAUGGCCUAUUUUGUGAGCCAUUGGCAGCUCAGUCCUGUAGACGCUGAGCUUUAAGUUAGAUUCACUCAUAUUGUAUUCUCGUGUGAUGUGUUCAUCAUGUAUCUGGAUCUGAAAGCUAAUUAUGGCUAAACUGCAUUAUUUUUUAAGCUUUUUUUUAAGAGCUUCAGACCUAGAAUGUAUGUUGGAAUCUUUGAUAAAACGUCCAUUAUCAAGGGGAAACGAGAAGGGAGUGAGAUGAUCUCUGAGAUGCACAGGUCAAAGUUAGUCAAGAACAGCAAGAGAUCCAAGAGCUAGAUCCUGCCCUAUAAGGAAGCACCACUCUCGGUAGUCUCCCUCUGACCCCAGUGAAGUCUUCAUCAACUUCCCUGUUCAGGCCUUUAAGCAUAGAAACAAGCAACCCUUUAUUUUGGGUUUCAUUUUGGGUAUUUCAAACGGGAAAUACUGUUUGGAUUCAGACCUACCUCAGAAAAAAAUGUGCCCUACAAGAGGGCAUGUUCUCUGGCAUUCAUGAUGUCUGGCUUUUAAAAGCCAUCCCCCCAAAAUGAACCCUAAAGAAAGCAAAAACCAUCAAGUAGCUCAAACUUCACUGUCAGCCCUCAUUCUCAAUUCACAGUGGGCCUUUACUUCCCCUCAACUGCCCUGGUUAUCUGGGCAUCCCCUCUGAGGAAUCUCUGUAGGCUUUUCUCCUCCCAAACAGUGUCCAGUAAGACUUCUUUCUUUCCUCCCUCUUCAACAAAAUCAAUUUAUUCUUUGACUCAUCCCCAAUUUUUUUCUCUCAGCUAGAAAAUUAAUUUAAUCAACUAAUUUUCACUAAAGUAUUAAUAACUAAAAAGUACUUAAAGUAUUGCCCAUCUUGUGAGUACUUUUUAAACAAAAAUUUCUAAUGCUUCCUCUCCCAUUAAAUCUUUAAUGAUGGGAUUUUAGGCCUUGUAACAGGUAGAUAGAUACAAUAUUUAGGUCCAGGGGAAUGAAAGAUAUCACAUAAGCAUCUUCAUAUUUUAUGUGAAAAGUCAACCCCUGUCUAAAUACUUAAUCUAAAGGUGAAGAUACAGGUCAUAUCCCAGUCACCAGAGUAAAAAUGAGGAAAAUAUCAAAUGAGUAAAGAAAGAAACUAAGAAGGUAUUGAUGGAGGGAGGGAAUAGGACACUUUGAAAUCCUUUGUCAAAUUUCAAAAUUUCUUCAGUGGAGAAUUAUUAGAACAGUUCACAAAGGGGGAAAUUAUCUACAAUUCAUUUUAGAAAUACCGUGCCUGCAAUCAGCAGUCUGAACUUGUAUACAAAGUAAUUGGGGGUUUUUGACAUGAAAGAAAUAGAAGGGGCAGUCCCAGUGAGAAGGGUAGACACUGCAAAGGGCAUCUUUAUUUAUGUUAUAUGGAUGGCAUAUCUAUACAUCAUACACAAUGAAAUAAGACAAGUCUUGUCCAAGGUUCUGUGCUAGCUUUAGAGUUCUUAGUUUAUUUUAAAAGAAAAAAAAUUGCUUUUUACAGAAGUGAGAGCAGGGUUUCCAA